GGCGGACGGGUGGCCCCGGGGGGGCCGGGGGCGGGGAGGCGGGCGGCCGGCACCGCCCCGGCCGACAAAAGUCCCUUCAGUUCAGCCGGCGGCAGGGGAAGUCCCGGCGCCCGGCGCAGCCACCCUCCCGGGACACCAAGCCGAGCUGCGCUCCGGCCGCCCGCUCGGCCGCCGUCCCCGGCGGCCCCAUGCCCCGAUGCCCCGCGGGGGCCAUGGACGAGGGGCCCGUGGACCUGCGCACCAGGCCCAAGGCCGCCGGACCCCCGGGCGCCGCGCUACCGCUCCGCAAGCGCCCUCUGCGUGCACCCUCCCCGGAGCCUGCUGCUCCCCGCGGCGCUGCGGGCCCAGUUGUCUCUCCAGAUCCCCUGCGUGGCGGCUCCGACGUGCCAGCAGUACCCGCGCCCCGCCACGGCCUGGCCCGGCCAGAAGCGCUUUACUACCAGAGGCCUUUACUGCCCCUAUAUCCCACCCCGACCAUGGGGUCCCCCUUUCCUCUGCUGAACCUGCCUACACCCCUGUACCCCAUGGUGUGCUCCAUGGAACAUCCCCUAUCGGCUGACAUCGCCAUGGCCACCCGUGCAGAUGAGGACGGUGACACGCCACUUCAUAUUGCAGUAGUGCAGGGCAAUCUGCCAGCUGUGCAUCGGAUGGUCAACCUUUUCCAACAUGGGGGUCGGGACCUGGAUAUCUACAACAACCUACGGCAGACUCCGCUACACCUGGGUGUGAUCACCACGCUGCCCUCUGUGGUCCGGCUCCUAGUGAUGGCUGGUGCCAGCCCCAUGGCACUGGACCGCCAUGGCCAGACGGCGGCCCACCUGGCAUGUGAGCACCGCAGCCCGACGUGCCUGCGGGCCCUGCUGGACAGCGCAGCCCCGGGCUCGGUGGACCUGGAGGCCCGCAAUUAUGACGGGCUCACCGCCCUGCACGUGGCCGUGAACACCGAGUGCCCCGAGGCCGUGCGGCUCUUACUGGAGCGAGGCGCGGACAUCGACGCGGUGGACAUUAAGAGUGGCCGCUCCCCACUCAUCCACGCAGUAGAAAACAACAGCCUGAGCAUGGUGCAGCUCCUGCUGCAGCACGGCGCCAACGUGAAUGCCCAGAUGUACUCGGGGAGCUCGGCGCUGCACUCGGCGUCGGGCCGUGGGCUCCUCCCGCUCGUGCGCACGCUGGUCCGCAGUGGCGCUGACAGUGGCCUCAAGAACUGCCACAACGACACGCCGCUCAUGGUGGCACGCAGCCGUCGGGUCAUCGACAUUCUGAGGGGGAAGGCCAUGCGGCCUGCGCCUGCGUCCCAGCCAGAGCCCGCCCCCGACAGGGGAGCCACCACCUCCCCUGAAAGCAGCAGCCUCCUCAGCUCCAAUGGUCUUUCUGCAUCACCCCCCUCCUCGCCCUCCCAGUCUCCCCCCAAGGACCCUCCUGGAUUCCCCAUGGCUCCCCCCAAUUUCUUCCUUCCUCCCUCAUCUCCACCUGCCUUCCUGCCCUUUGCUGGGGUCCUCCGAACCCCUGGCAGGCCAGUGCCCCCCUCCCCAGCUCCAGGAGGCAGCUGAGAGCAACGGGGGGGCAGAUCUCGGACUAUGAGGAGGGACCCCCCUGCCCUCCUGGAAACUGUGAAGACCUCACUCUGCCCCCCCACCACCACCUCCUCAUCUUUGGGACCACGAUUUCAGGAUUUGCACAGAGGCCCGUGUGUCUACCCAUAAGUCCCCUCUUCUAAGCACAGAUAUUCCCCCGUCUCGUCCUCCUCAGGACUCUUACUCCCAUUAUUCUCAGGCACCAGUCCCCGCCUGGAAUUCCACCCAGACAUUCAUUUCCUUCUCCCCCAGAGCUGGUGGAACCAGGGAAUAGCCACUCCUCUCUGCCCGCUACCCAGUCCGUGAGGAGGGAGAGAUGGGCUGUAGCCAGGCACUGAUAACAAUGUAAAUUAUUAGGCAUUUCAGUUGAAUUUCUUUUGUAAUAAACUAUUUUUGUACCAUA